AUGCUCUCAGAUCUUUUUCCAUCCCGCCUGAAGGUGUUUGUAACGAUCCUUUCCACAGGCGCCCCUUCACCCAGACGUUGCUUGAGGACUUUCACCUCUGGCAAGAUUUGCACCCUCACCACGAGUCUGACCCUCUUGCCGGUUGAAGAAUCUGCGAAACAAAGUCCGCCGCACGUUCACCCUCCGCUGCACUUCGCGCGCUUCACUGGCUCUGUGUUUGCACUCAACCCUUCAUCGUCUCUUAUCACGCUGCGCCGCAACUCGUGGACGUUUCAUUGCUUUUGCUAUAGCCAAGAUACCUCUCAGGGCUCCCUUGGUUUAGAACACGGUCUCUCGCACGAUAGUGACGAUCUCAUUUCACGCUUUGCUCUCAACUUGGUUUUGCACUCUCCCAGGCACGCCAGUCCUCACUUCACUCAACGCCGUGCCGCAACUCGCGAACACCCUGUCGACUUAGUCAUCUCGCAUACCCAUCAAUGCUUUGCUUCCUCAAGUCUGCUCUCUCACUGCGCAACGAUUUUUGUCUCUGACAACGCUGUGCUGCAACUCACGGCAUUCACGCUUGUCUACGCUGCUGCAAGAGAUCAGUUUUCUACAGCGUUGCACUUCCCCAAGAACAUCCUUGCUCUUCAGCCUCAAUUGCUCGAACCCAGAUGGCUCUUGUACUGCGAGAUGAAGCCUAAUGACGAAUUCAACGAAGGUGACUCGGGUGAAAUCAUCAAUCCCGAUGAUCAAAUCUACACAAACUCACACCCAAGUGAAAACGGCAAGUCUGCGCAUGAGCUCUACACUGUGGUUCUCGCUUUAAAUGAGCGCUUUGGCAAGAACAUCUCCAUUCGCAUUCGCAAGGCUUCUGCUACAACUCCUGAGCUGGCCUACAGAGAGUUACUCAAGCAGACUGCACUAGCACUGACUGAGCAUGGACAUGUCGCUAUGUGA